UGUUUCCAGACACAAGCUGACUGACAUAGAGCUCCCUUGAGCAGGAGUGGGGAGAGAUGCCCAUGAUCUGUGUCUAAAAAGUUGAGAGCUAAGAUGUUAAAAAAAAAUUCCUCUUGAAAUAAAAUUAGUAUCGACUUAGCCAUGAUUAAAUUAAAGUUGCCUUCUGGUUGAUGAAGAACUAGAUCUUCACAAACUGAAGACAGGAUGAAAUAUUGCACUGUGAAACUCACAGAAGCAAAGGGGUCUGGGUUUUACAAAAUGGCCAAGAAUACUAAGUGCUAUUUUGCUUUUCAGUUUAGUCUGAAGUGUGAAAUACACAGUUCUUAAAAAAGCCCCAACCACAGAGGCUUGUCUUCAUGCCUGAGUCAUGAACCAUAAGCACUACUCAUUCCAAUUAGCUGCCUCACUCUUAAACUCUUAGGUUUACUGUUAAUUUUCACUUUAAACUUUUUUAACAGGGUGCAAAAAAUAAAUUACCUUCUGAAGUUGGUAAUCCACAAAAUGGCUCAGAAGACCUGUGACUGAACACUUUAAUAAAUGUGAGUGGCCAGAAGAAAAGCAGCAAAUGAAGGGCACUGCUCUUCAGCACUUCUGCAAAAGCACAGCCCUGCAGCUCCUUUCUGGGUAAGUUCUUCUGCUGCAGGAACAUUUCAUGUCGCUUCUCAGGGCCGGAAAUGACCGGAGUGAUCGAAGUUCCUCAAAGCCCAGCCCAAAACUGGUGUGUGGCUUGGUGCACUGGGGGAAACACUUCAUCAUCCCUGCAGGGUGAGGGGGACAUGCAGCCCCCCUGUGCUCAUGAGGACACAGGCUUGCAGCUGCAGCCACUGCUGGAGGGCCAGAACCACGGAGCUGCUGCAGCAGAUGGGGCACCGUGUCCAGCUGUGCCUGUGCCACGGAACAGCCCAGCAAAGAGGGUACUGGUCAUGCUGUGCUUUGGGAAUUUAUUAAAUUCCACGGAUUGGUUCCUUGUGCCAGGGAUCCUCUUGGAUAUACAGAAAUACUUUGGGCUCAGCGAUGAGAAGAUAGGUCUGCUGCAAACAGUGUUCACUGUGUGUUACAUGCUGGCUGCCCCCAUCUUUGGGUACCUCGGAGACCGCUACAACAGGAAAAUCCUCCUGGGAGCUGGGAUUCUCCUCUGGUCUGGAGUCACCCUGGGCAGCUCCUUCAUCACUGAGUCGUAUUACUGGAUAUUUGUUCUCUCACGAGGACUGGUUGGCAUUGGCACGGCCAGUUACUCCACCAUAGCACCCACCAUCAUUGCAGACCUGUUUGAGGAAGGAAAAAGGACCACAGUGUUAUCUCUCUUCUAUAUCUUCAUUCCAGUGGGAAGUGGCUGUGGUUACGUGCUGGCAGCUGGCAUGGCAAGGAGCACAGGGGACUGGCACUGGGCAUUCAGGAUAACUCCUUGCAUGGGAGGUCUAGCACUGGUCCUUCUGCUUCUCCUGGUCCCUCACAGGACCCAGAGAAGGACACCAAGAUACAGAGCACUGAGCAUCUCCGGCACAACACAAGGAGCAGAUGAGACACCAGAUGAACACACAACUGCCAAGACCACUUGGUGUCAAGAUGUUGGAUCCCUUGCCAAGAACUGCAGUUUUGUCUGGUCCUCACUGGGUGUGGCAGCCAUGACCUUUGUCACUGGAGCCCUGGGAAUGUGGGUACCACUGUUCCUGUACAGGGCACAGCUCGUCCAGGGCACUGUCCCCCCCUGCCUCCAGGAACCGUGCAAUUCAUCCAGCAGCCUGAUCUUCGGAGCCAUCACCAUCGGGACAGGAGUCCUGGGUAUCAUUGCUGGGGCAAGGGUCACCAGAAGGUUAAGGAAGAUCUACAGUAAAGCUGAUCCUCUGAUCUGUGCCACCAGCAUGUUCAUCUCUGCCCUGUGCCUCUACACGGCUCUCGUGGUGGCCCAGACCAACAUCCUUUCCACCUUUAUUUUUAUUGCCCUUGGAGAGCUGUUUUUGUUUGUGAUCUGGGCUGUUGUGACAGACAUGCUGCUGUGCGUGGUGAGCCCGAGGUGCCGCUCCACGGCCAUCGCCCUGCAGAUCCUGCUGAGCCACCUGCUGGGGGAUGCAGGGAGCCCGUUCCUCAUCGGGGCUGUCUCCAACGCCCUGCAGGCCCGGGGGGCUCCAACCUUCCAGAGCAGCUUCCGGAGCAUCCAGAGCAGCUUUGCCAUCUGUGCCUUCGUGGGGGCCUUUGGAGGAGCCUUUUUCCUCCUGACAGCUCUGUCCUUCGAGGGAGAUCGGAGAGAAGCUGAAAGGCCCUGAGGUGUCUGUGUGUCUGUACAACUUCUACCCGUUGGAGCUGGUGGCUCUGCCGUGUGGGCACCAGCCAUGGUAUUUAUGGGAUCUGAACCCCCAGAUCUGCAUUGUGCUAAUGCCACAUUAGUGUCUAUAAAAAGAUAAAGUCUCAGAUUAAACCGACCUCCCAUGUUGAGCAAAAGAGACCCCAGAGCUCACAGGGCCCAGGGAGGUGCUGGUAGUGACAGCUGCAAAGUGCUGCAGUGCCUGGAGGAAAUGACACCCUUUGCUGUAGGGCAGCAGUGCAGGCUGCACGGAACAGGAGGUUCUGCUGCUGCUCUGCUCUGUCUCAGCCCUGCAGAACCAGCCCUGGCUCUCUGCAGCACUUCUCCCUCUUCCCUGGGAAGUUCAUGUUCAAAGUGUAAAGGACCCAAAGUAAACCUGUAGAAUUGGACAGGACACAUCCUCAGUCCCCUGGGUCCUUACAGCCUCCUUCUGCUCUGACUUGGUUUUCCAGCUACCAGCAAAGUCUCUCAGAGGAAGAUGAACUCUGGGGCGAGAUUUGCACAGAAGAAAAGCCCAUCCUCCCCUUUUUCUUUCCUUUUUGCUUCAUGAGAUACAGCUGGAGAAAAGGCCAAAUCACAAUUCCUCCAUAUGGCAGAAAAUCCUGCACGCUGACUUUUUUGGGAUGCUUUUGACUGUGAGUCAAAAAUUGCUC